AAAUUGGCUUCUCUCAGAAUUUUGGAUUGUCGGGCUUGUUGAAGCUUUUUGGACGCACAGCAAGAUGACAGAACAGCUCAUCUUCAAGGGCACGCUCAGCGGUCAUGGCAAUUGGGUCACUGCCAUCGCAACGACGCCCGAGAACCCGGACAUGAUCUUGACGGCAUCGCGCGACAAGACGAUCAUCGUCUGGCAGCUCACUCGCGAGGAUGGCUCGUACGGCUACCCCAAGAAGAUCCUCAAAGGCCACAACCACUUUGUCUCUGACAUCGUCAUCUCCUUCGACGGCCAAUUCGCCCUCUCUUCCUCAUGGGACAAGACCCUCCGCCUCUGGGAUCUCAACACCGGCAUGACGAAAGUUCGCUUCGUCGGCCACGACAAGGACGUCCUCAGCGUUUCCUUCUCGGCCGACAACCGUCACAUCGUCUCUGGCUCCAGAGAUCGCACGAUCAAGCUCUGGAACACCCUCGGCGAGCUCAAGUUUGAGAUCAAGGCUGAAGGUCACUCCGACUGGGUGUCUUGCGUCAGAUUCUCGCCCAACGCGAUGAACCCCGUCAUCGUCUCGGCUGGUUGGGACAAGGUCGUCAAAGUGUUCGAGCUGUCCAACUGCAAGCUGCGCUCGACCCACUCCGGCCACACUGGCUACGUGUCAACCGUCACCGUCUCACCCGACGGAUCGCUCUGCGCUUCAGGUGGCAAGGACGGCAUCACCAUGCUGUGGGAUCUCAACGAAGAUAAGCAUCUCUACUCGCUAGACGCAAAGGAUAUCGUCAACGCUCUCGUCUUCUCGCCCAACCGCUACUGGCUCUGCGCUGCCACGGCAAGCUGCAUCAAGAUCUUCGAUCUCGAAUCAAAGUCGAUCGUCGAUGAGCUCCGACCGGACUUUGUGUCUGUCUCUGGCAAUGCUCGUCAGCCAGAGUGCACGAGCUUGGCCUGGUCGCCAGACGGUCAGACUCUCUUUGCUGGUUACACAGAUAACGAGGUCAGAGUCUACGUCGUCGCGUAAAGAACUAGGUCGUGCCUUAAUCUGCCUCGCUUGGUCCCCGGGGCUCAAAAGAUACUGUUACUUUGCAUACUGAGCCAGAUGCUGGCAUUUUACAAUGCCGAGAUGAAUGAGCAGAAGGAUGUUAUAGAAAUACCGUUUCACUCAGAGCAGAC